AUGAUUACAAUUCAACGUAAACAGACGAAACUUUGUGACAUCAUUGCUAGACAUGAGAGUGCAAAGCCGGCAGCUCUCAAACGUCUCUGCAUUAUUAAGAAUUUACCAACAGAAAAUUUAUGUCACAAAUUAGUUUCCAUGUUGUUGCUGUUUACAGGGCAACAUCGGUUCGUUCAGGCCUCGAUUAAUAAUUCAUGA